UAGGAUCUGCCUGAGUCCUAUUCAUGGACGGCUACUCGCAGCCCAAUAUUACCACUGAGGCCUCCUCGUUCUUCGUCCGUUCCGGCUGCCAUUGAUCGACUUUCCCAUUGGCAAGCUUCUGACCACAACAUGGCUGACAGCCAGGAUCGUCCACAACGAGGUCACUCCAAUUAUCCAUAUCCUUCGUCCUUCAGGAGGAGAAGCCUACCAAGACGGAACACCGAUAUCAGGCCAAAUGAGCCCACUACUAAGUAUGGGUCAAGCAACCCAAACCCAAAUAGGCUUCAGAGGAGAUUUACUAGCGGAUCCAAAGUGCCCGAUUCCUCAUAUAGUCCGAGCGGCCCAGCUAUAGACUUGGCCGGGGGGAUACAUAUUGCUCGACAGGGAAUCGGCAGUGUUGCCGAGGAUAGCACCCACCUUGACGCGGCAUCAGAAAAUGAAUCCCUAACCCGUGUUCUCUCACCAUCAGUUGCUUCAACGUGUCAAGCAACGGCUGCUCCAAGUUCGCAUGGGUCAAAUAGCUCGGCCGAGGGUGGAUCGACUGCUACGGAAAGGCCUUUUCUGAAUGGCGACAAUGUAGAAAGGCCAAGCACGAAGCGAAAGAAGGUUCCUGGACGGCCACCGAAUGCUCUCAACUUCUUGGAUUCAGAUUCUCCCAUGGUGACACCCGAGACGAUUCGUAGGUCCGUUGAAGAAGCUUCCCAUCGAUCCCCCACCUCUAUCCAAGCUGAGUCACCAUCCACCCGCAGUGCAUCCUCGACGUCGAGUGGCUUCAGAGACGAUAAUUCGGAUAAAAAUGGUGACCGUGAGAACGACCGAAGCACAAGUCCGGAACGUAUCGUGGACAAUGGUGUUGGCGGCGGCCCACCCCCUAAUGUCGGGCCUCGGAUAGCGGCGCCUCAACCUAGGAAACGAAGCUUCGCCUUUCCCGACACCCCACGAGGAUCUUCGCAGCACCUUCCAUUUUCACCGAUCGAUCACACUCAACGAGCCCCCAGCCAAGGACAACCACCGCCUCCGCCUCAUCCAAGGGCUGAGAGAGUGCCAAUCACAGGCUACGAGCUGCUUUCUUCCCGCUUGUCUGCAUCGGCGUUCAAUCGAGCCGGCCCUCGUCUUCGGCCCAUAUACCGUAGAUUCGAGACCCUGAAUCAUAGGAUGCUGUUGCAUCUUCAGGAUGAAAUAUGUGAAUUAGAGGAGCAGCUGCAUCAACUCGACGCCGCGGACACGCAGGCUAGGCGCUUGCCUAACUGCAUAUUCCCUGCUUCGCGCAGAGCAGAGUAUAUGGCUGGGGGCGAGCUGUAUUGGCGCAAGACCGAUACCCUCGGUAAGAUUGGGUUCAAGUUGGAUCAAUAUAAUCGUAUACUAUCGUCGUUCAGGGACACAGUGGGGUUGCCGACCCCCUCCUUAGAGGACAUCCACGAAUAUCGCAGCUUCCUCACCACCCACGCACCCUUGUCCGAAGCCGAGACUCACUUCCUAGACGCAUCAGAUGACUUGGUAUGCCUAAGCGAUGACGAACAGGAGGAGGUGAUUGAUGAACCAAUUCCUACGCCAAUGCCACGUCCCGACUUCAGCGUGGUCCCUCCGCUGAGCCAUCAAGCAUCGCCCAUGAAGACUCGCCCUGUCUCGCCUAUUUCUCCUUACCGCCAAGAAGAAAUCACUAUCGCUGAGACGGUCGACGGGGUGUAUGAUGAGACCCAAAUUAUUCCACUUUCCAUAGCAAUCACGAUUGCCGUUAUUAUUCCCAUUUUGACGUUCUUAAUUAUACCCGGGUACCUAGGCAGGCUCACAGUUGUGCUACUAGUGGGUCUCGGUAUCCUAGGGGCUUUGAUCCAAGGAGGAAUCGUUUCUGUUCGUACCUGGGAGCUUUUAAUUUGUGUCGGUCUUUACGGUGCCGUGAUGGCUAUGAUUGCGGGAAUCGUCUCCUAAUCAGCAACAUGCUUGGUGGGAGACAUGCUCAAGGCAUUGCGAUGUUCAGUGCAAAGCAGACAUACCCGUGAUUUAUCUAGCGACAUGUAUUUCAGAGCUCGGGGUUUCCUUAGUAUGUAUUUUCUUUGGAAGAUGAAAUUUUUGGAGGUAUGGACAUGUAUCGUUAUUCCCAUUGUUUGUAUGUUUCAUUUGUACAAGACCAUGUA